UUGCCCAGAAUUUUCUCAAAAUUCAUCAAAUUGGCUAAUAUAUCCGUGAAUUCUUUUCUUCUACUUGUUAAAACGCGUAAAAGGAAUCUUUCUAGCUCAGAGCAGUGUAAUUAAUGUGUCAAACCAAGAUAAUUACGAUAAUUCUUUGCUGAGGACAGCAAGAUUCACUUUGGUGGAGUUGCUGCGUUGGAUUUUGCAUCGCCACCACAAGCAAUCGCAGCAUAACCUCAAAUCGGCGCCAUGGGAAAGAUGCGGGCUCGAGCGAAGUCCGUGUUUGUGGAUGCUCGAGAGGCGGAGAAGCUCAAGAUGGAGUAUAAAGCAGAAACUGAUUCGUCGAGCGAUGAAGUCGAUGACUUCCUUCAUGCACAGCCAAAUGAAAUACAGCCGGAUGACAAGGAGACAAUCUUCCGGACCUUCGACACUCUCCUCAAUUUGCUGCCUGAAAGUGACGAACUCACUUUUAAACAGCGCUUAUCUCGAAUCAAGUGGUCUCAACUUGAUUCCCAAAAACAAGGGCAAUUGACGGACAAGGAGAAGAUCAUCGCACUUCUCAGUGGCGUCCGCAAGCACAGAAAUCUCAGGGAAAUGAUCGAAGACGCACGCGAAGUUCUGGAGAAAAAUGGUUCUAUUAAGAUGAACACAAAACCCAACAAAUUUGUGGAUUAUCUGAAGGAGAAUUUGCAGAGGAUCAAGAAUGAAAAUCCUGAUCUCAGUCACCCUACGGCAAUGAAGCGUUUGGCGGCAGAAUACAAGAAAAGCAAGGUGAGUGAGAAGCUGCAAUUCAAGUUCGUGAAGAAGGAUGUUGUGUCUAGUGAGUAUCCUGAGCCGCAGACGCCUUUCCAGCUGUACGCCAACAAAGAUCUCCUGAAGAACCCGUCAAAGACCGCCGCGGAAGUGAAGCUGGACUGGAAAGAGUCAUCCAAUGCGCUGAAAGCGAAGUAUAUCUUGAAGGCGAUGAAGCUGAAGGGUGUGGUGACGAAGGAGGAGAUGAAGAUCCUACAUGAACACGAGGGACGUCCGACACAUCCGGGAACGGCGUUCGGUGUGUUCCUGAAGGAGCAUAAGAACUUGUCCAUGAUGAAAGUCACGGAAUUGUGGAAGCAAAUGCCCGAUAUGGAGAAAGAGCGUCGCAAGGCGGAUUGCCGUGAGGCGAUGAAGGAGUACAAAUCAAAGACACAGGAGUUCCUGAACUCGCUCUCGGAGGAGCGUCUUCAGCUGGAGAAGGUUGGCAAGAAAAAGCAAUCAAAGAAGGCGCAAUCGACGGAGAAGAAGGACAAUACUGUUGUAAAAGACAGCAAGAAGGGCAAGAAAGAGGUCAAAGAGAAGAAAGAGCCGGACGUGGUGACCGUUGAGAGUCCAAAGAAGAGAAAGAAGGCCAAGAAUGAAGUUCCUGCGACUCCAGAAAUCCUCCCAAAAGAAUCGCCAAAGAGAAAGCGGAAGCACAGCGAGGAUUCGGAAGAUGCAUUCGAAGAGAAGAUGCCGAAAUUGUCACCGAAAAAGGGGAAGAAGCGAUCGUUGGAGAGCAACGGUGAGGCGAAGAAGCCGAAGCUGAAGAAAGAGCCUCCGGUGCAGCCAGUCAACUCCGUGUACGAUUACUUCUGCAAGUACAUCCACAAGGGACCUGCUGAUAAGCUGGAGAAGGCUUGGGGCAAAGUGACGAAGAAGGAGAAGAAGGAGUACUACAAGAAGAUCUCCGAAAUGAAUGCUACGUACAUGGAUGAUUUGGAAAAGUAUUUGAAAUCGCUGUCACCGGCGGAAGUGGAGGAAUUUUCGCGUUUGCAGAGUUGUGGCGACAAUUAGAUUGAUCAGGAAUUCAAGAACACAAGAAAUGUCAUUGAUAUUCUUGCAUUUUGUCUUAAUCAAAUUACAACCAUUUUGAAGUCAAGUACAAUAAUACAUACUUUUAGUUAAUAUCUUCUUCGACAGGAUUAAAAAAAAAAGUGUUAUCUUGCAAUUUGUUAAAGAAAUAUAAAGAAAGAAUUAUAUUCUGGAUUAAACGUUAAGAUUAGCACCAAUUUUACAUUAAAAUUCAAUGUAAAUAUUUUGAGGACGAAACUUAAAUAAAAAUAUUUUUU